AUGUGUCCUCAGAGGCCUGGGGAGUGGCUGAGCCUGCACUGCAGCCCUGUGCAUCUCAUUCCAGGGCCCCUGGCCCUUAGGCUGUCUGUCUGUCUGUACUUGAGGACAGAGGGAGGUUGUAUGAACAGGUGAUGCUGGUGACCUUGAGUGGGGGUCUUUUGUGCUAAGUGUGUUGACUUGGAGGGCAUGGGUACAGUGUGUGUGUGUGUGUCUGUGCGUGUGUGUCCGCCCCACGUGGUGGGAUAUGGAUCAUCUCAUCAGAUCCCCAUGUGAGCUGACACUUAUGUCUGCCUCCACUGCUCCUUCGGGCAAACGCUACAAGAACUCCCUGGAGACGGUGGGCACGCCAGACUCAGGGCGUGGGCGCAGUGAGAAGAAGGCCAUCAACGAUCUAGACAGAGACUUUUGGAAUAACAAUGAGAGCACAGUGCAGCAGAAAUGGAGCUCCUACCCUCCCAAGGAGUUUAUUCUAAACAUUUCACCCUACGCCCCUUAUGGCGACCCACGACUGUCCCUCAAUGGCACCCUCCUGGCGAGCGCCAAAGUGGCCGCCGCGGCAGGGCUGGCGGUGGAGCGGGAAGGCCGGCUGGGGGAGAAGCCGGCGUCGGUGCCGCCACCCGGAGAGGACGCCUUGAGAAGCGGCGGGGCUGCCCCCAGCGAGCCGGGCAGCGGUGGCAAGGCGGGGAGAGGCCGCUGGCGGACGGUGCAGAGCCACCUGGCCGCCGGGAAGCUCAACUUGUCCAAUUUCGAGGACUCCACCCUGUCCACGGCCACUACCCUUGAGUCUAUCCCCAGCUCCACGGGAGAGCCGAAAUGCCAGCGACCCCGCACCCUGAUGCGGCAGCAGAGCCUGCAGCAGCCGCUGAGCCAGCACCAGCGGGGCCGGCAGCCCAGCCAGCCCACCACCAGCCAGAGCCUGGGCCAGCUGCAGGCCCACGCGGCCUCGGGGCCAGGCCCCAACCCCCGGGCCUAUGGCCGGGGCCAGGCUCGGCAGGGCUCCUCGGCCGGCUCCAAGUACCGGCCGGCCGGCGGCCGCAGCCGCUCCAACCCGGGCAGCUGGGACCACGUGGUGGGGCAGAUUCGAAACCGAGGCUUGGACAUGAAAUCCUUCCUGGAAGGCCGGAUGGUGGUGCUAUCCUUGGUCUUAGGGCUUUCGGAACAGGAUGACUUUGCCAAUAUCCCUGAUCUGCAAAACCCAGGAACCCAGCAGAACCAGAACGCUCAGGGGGACAAGAGGUUGCCCGCAGGAGGGAAGGCAGUGAACACAGCCCCGGUGCCGGGCCAGACGCCCCACGAUGAGUCUGACCGCCGGACCGAGCCUCGCUCCUCCGUCUCGGACCUCGUCAACUCCCUCACCAGUGAGAUGCUCAUGCUCUCCCCAGGCUCCGAGGAGGACGAGGCGCACGAGGGCUGCAGCCGAGAGAACCUGGGCCGGAUCCAGUUCAGCGUCGGCUACAACUUCCAGGAGUCCACGCUCACCGUGAAAAUCAUGAAGGCCCAGGAGCUGCCGGCCAAGGACUUCAGUGGCACCAGCGACCCCUUUGUCAAGAUCUACCUGCUGCCAGACAAGAAGCACAAGCUGGAGACCAAGGUGAAGCGGAAGAACCUGAACCCCCACUGGAACGAGACCUUCCUCUUCGAAGGUUUCCCCUACGAGAAGGUGGUGCAGAGGGUCCUCUACCUCCAGGUCCUGGACUAUGACCGCUUCAGCCGCAACGACCCCAUCGGGGAGGUGUCCAUCCCCCUCAACAAGGUGGACCUGACCCAGAUGCAGACCUUCUGGAAGGAUCUGAAGCCAUGCAGCGAUGGGAGUGGGAGCCGCGGGGAGCUGCUCCUGUCUCUCUGCUACAACCCCUCUGCCAACUCCAUCAUCGUGAAUAUCAUCAAAGCCCGAAACCUCAAAGCCAUGGACAUCGGGGGCACGUCAGACCCCUACGUGAAGGUGUGGCUGAUGUACAAGGACAAGCGGGUGGAGAAGAAGAAGACGGUGACGAUGAAGAGGAACCUGAACCCCAUCUUCAAUGAGUCCUUUGCCUUCGACAUCCCCACGGAGAAGCUGAGGGAGACGACCAUCAUCAUCACGGUCAUGGACAAGGACAAGCUCAGCCGCAAUGACGUCAUCGGCAAGAUCUACCUGUCCUGGAAGAGUGGGCCCGGGGAGGUGAAACACUGGAAGGACAUGAUAGCCCGUCCCCGGCAGCCUGUGGCCCAGUGGCACCAGCUGAAGGCCUGAGUGGGGCCAAGGGAGGCCCAAGGGGCCAAGGGCCCGGGUCCCCAUCAUGCCCUCACCACUUUAUGCACAACGCCCGGCCUGGCCCCCCUGCCAUGGGUCAGGGGAGGAUCCUGAGGGCUCAGCCAGGGAGGGGACCCAGGAACCAGUCGGGCCCCAUGGCUAGGGAGAACCAGCCCCAUCCCCCACCGGCCCAGCCCUGGGGGAGGGGCUCUGGGAGCCAUUUUCCUGCUUUGCCCCUUUCCUUCCUGACCCACCGAUGCUAAAGAAGUGGGGGGCGGGAAGCACGAGAGCCAGACAGGCAGACGGGCAGAUCCCUCCAGAGGCCCGCCAGGUGGGCACCGUCCCCCGUUUUCUUUAAGGCAGUGCCUGGAGUGGAGAAAGGCCGCCCCCUCCCCAGCCCCAGGGUGGGCCCAGGAGGGGGGAGGUCGAGGCGUUUGGCCCCGGCUUGGCCAAGAGAGGCCCGUUCCAGGGCAGUUUCAGGGGCCGGCUGGGCCCUGAAUGCCGAGGAUAGUAUAUAGCCCGCUCCAGGGUCUUGGAGCCGCAGCCCUGUGUACUUGUGUUGUGUCCACAGUGUGUGUGUAUACGUGUGCGUGCGUGCGUGUGUGGGGGUGAGGGUACUCGCUCCCUGUUUCCCUGGGCCGGCAGUGCUGAGAAGGAUGCAGAGAGGGCAGGGUUUCUGAGGUGAGGUCCGGCUGGAGGCUGGGAAGUCAAUACACAAAGCCAGCAGGUGGAGAGGAGAGGCAGCUGAGGGCUGAGCGGGGCCGGGAUGGAGGAAAGGUAGGCUCGACCCUGGAGGCGGGCUGAGAACUGGGCUGCCUCCUUCUGUCCCCACCCCGCCACCAGCAUCCCUCUCUGUGCUGAGAGCUCCCCACGAGCUCCUUCCCCAGCAAUUUCAUCUCUUGAACAUUGUUUCGCACCAUUUAGGCACCUACUUUGUGUAUCAGAUUCCACCAAGGACUCCCCUGCUCCCUUCCGUCUCAGGGGUCCCAAGCCCCCCUAGCUCUCUUUCCUAAUCCCCUCAACCUUCCCACACAUCCGGAUCCCAGCCACGCUGGCAACCUUCUCCAUCCUUUCCAGCUCCCUCCCCUUCCUCCUCUCUCCGUGUCUGGACAGACCACCCCUCCCUCCCCACCCCACACAUCCCACACCCCUCCUUCCCCUCGUUCCUUGACCUUCCCCUCAUCCCAUCAUGGUCUCUGAUCUUCCAUCACUUGACCUCUUCUGGGGCUGUCCUCUGAUCCCCCCGCCCCGCUCCUGGUCCCUUAGAGCAGCUCCUUCUGCCCCCUCAGUUCAGGUAGAGGAGGAAGCCAAGGAAGAUUCCAGAAUUCCAUGAGUCCUGAGGUUGCCCCACACGAAGAAGCUGCGGUUUCUCUGCCUCAGCUGCUACAGAGACUAGAACUGGCAUCCCCUUGGAGACAGACGAUUUGGGGAUGAUCCCUGCUUAAGCCCCAUCAUCCCCACGCGGGUACUUGUAUUGAUACAAGACAGCUGGCGACCGUCUCGAAUCCAGGGGUCCCCAAGCCUGGGCCUGACAUUCCCGGCACGCACCGCCAGGUGGCGUCCGGACACUACAGUCUGUGGACCAGAUCCGGAACCACAGUUCCAUUCCCGAUGGGCCUGACACCCCGAUAAAGAGACUCUGGAAAGGGUCCCCACUUAGGGGACACGGCAAAAGCUUAAGCCAUUUGGAGCCCUUUCCCUUUGGUAGGCUUCCGCUGAGCUGAGCAUUCUGCUCUGUGCAGUAAGACGCUCACAUUUUUGCCCGUAUCAAAAGUUUCUGACAUAGAAUCUCACACCCUCACCCCUACCCCCUACCCCAAGGAUCUGGAGGAAUAUACAAAGUAGGUGAGUCAUUUUGCAGAGUGAAGAGUGCUAACGUAAAGCAAAUAGUCACCCACAUUCUUGUAAAUCCCCAUUUUUCUAUAUGGUCGCUUUGCUUAAAAUCGGGGUCUGCCCCAACGAACAGCACGGUCAUUAUCUGGCAGGCUGGGGAACCAGCUCCCAACGGGGAUGGGAGGGCAGUGACUGCUUAGUGUGUGGAAGCGAAGAAAGGGUGCUGUUGGAAGCUUUGAGAAGCGGAGGGAAUCUGCCAUCCUGCAUUCCGCCCUCGAAUCCUGUGCCGCUCCACCCGGAGGCUGGUGACGGAUCGAGCCCCGCCCCAGGCGCCUGGGCAUGCGGCCGCACCUUCCGGGAUAGAACCGACUUGCAUUGAAUGGGUGGGGCAACUGCAUCCAAGUUUUCCGAGCCCCGCCCACGAAGCUCUUAGCCAAUCAUAAACUGAGAGCCUCUCCAAGCAGUGCCUGCUCCAAAUCCGACCCUACCCAGGCCCAUCUAUGAAUCCGGCCUCGGGUUCUCCAACACCUGACUCGCAGCCUGAGCUCCGGGACGCGGGGUAGGGGUGGCGAGUGGUGGACCAAGGGCUGGGUGGGCUGGCAAGGAAGGAGGCUGGUGGUAUGGGGCGGGGGCGGGGGCGGGGGCGGGGAGGGGGGCGUCUAAGGCCAAAGGAAAACACGGAAAUGGGGAAUUUGAGGGUGGGGGGAGGGCACUGGAGCCCUGUCACCAUCCUAGGACCUUGGACAAAUCACCCACACUCCUGGGGCCUCAGUUUCCCCAUCUGUAAAAAGAUGGUAAUAAUACUUCACCUACCUCAUAGGGGAGGUUGUAAGGCCGCCGUCACCUGGGGGUCGAGGCAGGAUUCUGAAGGUGCUACCGGUGAGCAAAGUAUUAUUACCGCAGCCUGAGAGCAAGGCCCACCUGCCCCUCCCCUCACAGGGCCUCCAGGGAUAGCCGAGGCCAGCCUGGGCCCAUCUAUCUCUUCUCCACUGUGUCCCCGGUCCCUUCAUGAGCGCCAUCUGCCAUCUUUGUGGGCACCCUAGACUUAGUCGUCAUCUUGUUCAGGUAUCCUUUCUUGUGACAUCUCCUCUUGUAACUGCUGUACAAAUUCCACCUGCCCCAGGACCCCGCACCUGCCCACCGGCGCCAGACGCCAGGGAAGGGACAAGGAAAACAGCCACACACACAAAAAAAAAAAAAAGCCAAGGGGGGCCCUCAGAGUCCCCAGUCCCGCUGGGGCCCCAGGGGUGGGGAUUGGUGGUCACUGUUUGUAUUGUGUUUUGAGUCCUUGAGCGCAAGUGUUUUAUAAAAAACAAAAACCCACCAUCACCAAAAAAAAAAAAAAAAAAAAAAGAAUUGCAGCAAAGAGUAAUGAAGACAAACUGAAGAAAAAAAAAAGGGAAAAAAAACCAUACAAAAAUUUUCCACUACACGCACCCUCUAAGCCAGCAAGAUUUCCUCUUUGCAAAAUCAUAUUUUUGUGGGAAUGGGCCCCGCUUUUUGUGGCAAGGCCCGUUCUAAUUAAUAAAGGAUCGUGAAAAAGUA